AUGACGGACAGCACGCCGAGGGCGCAUGUCUCCCCGCAGACUCUCUAUCACUCCUCUGCGCCAACUCCCCGCUCUUCCUCUCUUCCCUUUCCCUACCUCAUGGGCCUCGCCCACUCAAAGCAGCACCAGCAGCAGCAGCAGCAACAGCAACAGCCACAGACAAAAGGCAUCAACCUCAAGCGCGCCUUUGCUGCUCGCCGCAAAAAAGAGUCUCCUGCGCAGGUCGCAGCUCUCCCGCCUACUCCCCCCUCCAAGGAUACCGACAACAACAGGCACUCGGUCAUCCCCCUCAGUCCAGGCAUAUCCUCCGCUGUCAACUACAUCGCCCUCUACGACCAGUCUCCCUCUCCCUCAGAGCCACCCACCCAAAAGGACUCGUGGCGCAAGUCUGACUCUACCAACAGCCACCGCACAGUCCGCAAUCCCACACGCUCCUCCCGCCCCGUAUCAUGGGCAGAGUCCUUCCAGUCCGCACACACUGUCGUCCCCUCGGGCUCAGCCAGACCUCUCAGUGCCCUCAUCGCAGAUGCCGAUUUUGGUGUCGCAGAGGAACUCGAUGAGCAGGACGAGCGAGCCGAGCGACCAACUGAGCCGCGGACAGGAGCCGAGACCCAUAGCGACGGCGAUGAUAACAGUAAAUCCCAAACACUCUCUUACCCCACACAGCCUACACCUACAACACCUACGCCCACCCAGACUAACCCAUCAUCAACCACUGCCCCUCCCUCCUCGUUCGCUACCACCCCAACAACAACAUCCCACAGACGCUCCCUCUCCCUCGACCACCCUCCUCCCACUCACACCCAAUCCCAUUCCCACCCACAGGGCCCAAACAGACUCCCAUCGCACUCCAUCUCCGAAGGUGUCCCACGCCCCAUGUUCCCGCACACACAUACACAGCCAACAGCUGUAAGCCUGCACAACGCCCGUAUCUUUCCAGUGUUGCCCGUCUCUUUGAGCCCGACUCCCAGCGGCUCCGGACAGCAGCAGAAACAGCAGACGCCGCUGCAGCCUCUACGGCCGAGCCAUCAAUUACAUGGGCACGGUCAGGGGCACACCUCUUCAGCAUCCGCAUCGUCCACAUCCACCACAUCCACCACUUCUACUUCCACAUCCACAUCUGCAUCUGCGUCUGCAUCUACAUCGUCCGCGUCAUCUGCGUACGGCUCGGCAUAUGCAUCAGCCUCAGGCUCCGCAUCGUCGCUUUCAAGCCCAGGUCCCGGUCCCGGUCCAGGUACUCACGCACGGCCUCUCCCAUCACAUCCGCACCACGGACACGGAAAUGCACACGGAGGAUCUAAACCCCCUCCAUCGGCAUUUCCCUCCAUGUCCUCCCCCUCCUCCUCCUCCGGCGCCCAGCUACACCCCCAACCACACCAGCUGCACCCGCACCAACACCAACACCAACGCACACAAACGACCUCAAUAUCAGGUCUCAACCCCGCUAUACUCGCAAAGCGCGCGGUGGAGGGUAUGUCAGGCGGGCUGGGUGUACUCAAGAUGAAGUUCGGUAUGGGGUCGUCUUCUGCUUCCGGAUCGGGGGGUGCGAGUCCUGGAGGCGCUGGUGCGGGGUCUGGAAGCGAGUACGAGAGAGAAAGAGAGAGAGAUAGGGAGUGGGAAAGAGAAAGAGAGGUGGAAGGAGGAUACUCCUCCUCAUCUAGCAGUGCGGCGGUUAGACCAGCGGGUCCGAGCGCGUUCACAUUUGGCAAAACCAAGAGCGCGUCGUCCGCCUCUGCUAGUGCACAGUAUGGGUACCCGUUGGGGAGAACGAGUUCGGGGUCUAGUGCCGGACACGGGCAUACACAGGGGCAACAGGGACACACAUACUCCAAAUCGCACAGUCACUUUCUCUCUUCAUCGUCUUCGCCUCCUUCCCAUGCUUCCUCCCACCAACAACAACAACAAGGACAAGGCCAUAGACCCGCACCCUCCAUAUCCAGCCUCUCCUCCCACACCCAUUAUGACAACCCAAUCCAAAAUGAAGGCCCGAACCUCGGUCGGCUCCUCCGCGGUCCAUUGGUAAACACCAGUAGUGGGAAGAGGGGCACUGCAGGGAUGGUGUUUAAGAGGGAUUUGGGGCGGUGUGUUUAUGAGACUGGUGUUUGGGUUGGUAGUGCAGGGGUUGGUGCUGGAGUGGGGAGAAAAGGGGUUGAGGGUGAUAGCGCGUCGGUUUCUUCAUCGUCUAGCGCUGCGCGGUCUUUAUCCACCUCAGCUAUCGGUUCAGGUGUGAACGCCAAAGACCCCGCCUCCUCCUCAAAAACCACCUCCUCCUCAAAUCCCGCCAACUCCUCUCAACCCCCCUCAUCCUCCAAACCCAACCAGCAACCAGACCAACCAGAAUCCCAAACCCAAACCCAAACCCGACACCGCCUCGCCCUCAUCCGCACCCUCGCAGACCCGUCCAAACGUCGUCUCCCCGCGCUGGUCGUAAGAUGUGCGCAGCAUUUGUUGGUGUGGGGUGUUUGUGAGGAGGGGUUGUUUCGAGUGAGCGGGAUGCCGCAGCAUGUGGCAAAGUUGAGAGCAGAGUUCGAUGCUGGAUGCGACUACGACAUGACAGAGUGUACACCGGGCGACCUGGACCCGCACGCCGUUGCGUCCGUGUUCAAGGCGUACCUGCGCGAACUCCCAGAACCCAUUCUCACGCAAAAGCUGCAGCCGCUGUUCGAUGCGGCGGUGAGCAAGGAGACGAGUCUUAACACCAGCACCGCCGCCGCUGCCGCUGCGACACACAUGCCCGUGCGCAUGUCUGUUAUCCCAGGCCGCGGGCUGCCAGCGAACCCCAAGUCAGGGCUGCCCAACAAACCCUCUUCGUCCUCCACAUCCACAUCCACCACUUCUUCUUCCUCCGCAUCCAACAACAACAACAACAGCAACAGCCCACUAACAAUGUCCCUCCCCCUCCCCAACUCCCUCCGCAAACCACCCUCCCUAUCCACCCUCGCCGCGCCCUCAUUCACCGGCAUCCCCCCGCCCUCGCUCCAACUCACCCGCGCGAUCCAGGCGCUCGUGGCGCUGCUCCCCCGGGAAAACAGGGAUAUCCUCCGCACGGUCGUUGAUCUGAUCAGGGCGACGGCGGAGCGGAGUAGGGAGACGAAGAUGCCGCUGAGCAACUUGAUGCUGGUGUUUUGUCCGAGUUUGGGGAUGACGCCGCCGUUGAUGAAGGUGCUUUGUGAGGCGGAGGGGAUUUGGGGGUCUGAGGAUGAGGAUGAGGAUGAAAAAGAUGAGGGUGAUGGGGUGGAGGAGGGAGAGGAGGAGGAGGAGGAGGAGGAGGAAGAUGAUGUGAUGGAUAUUAGAAGACGCACGGUUGUACCUGCAGACGCGUCAGCCGUCGCCGCUGCCCUCGACCAUGACCACGAUAACGACGUGCCACCGCCUACACCGGCCAAAGACGAUCUCCCGCUGAACAUCCUCACGCGCCGCGCACCGCGCGGAGGAGAUCUCGAGACGAGGAGUGUGGCUGGGUCGGAUUACCAUGCUUCGGCGGAGGGCGACGACGACGCGAGUGCGAGUGCGUCGAUGUCCUCUUCCUUUGCAUCUAUGCCUAUCCCGGCUCCGCCUCCGCCUAUCCCACCGCUGGCGCAGGGCAGACAGACGCAGCUUAGCACCACGCCCUCCGUGCGCAUCCGGCGGCGGCGCCAGGUCGUGUCGCCCGUGAGCAACACGAACACGAACGCGCGUGCGUCGGAGGUGCCGACGGUGUCGACGGUGUAUCUCGACAGCCGCUCGGUUGUGAGCUCCGUGUCGUCGUUUGGUGGUGAGGCGGGGAGCGAGGAGAGUGAUGGUGAGGAGGAGGAUGAGGAUGAAGAUGAGGAGGAUGAGGAUGGGGAGGAGGAUGAGCAUCACCCGCCGCCUCCGCUCUCGGCGUCGGCCGAGUCGAUCGCGACGCGGACGUCCUCGGGAAAUCCGUCGUUUUCGCAACUUGAGACGUCAGCGGCGGCGGGUAUAUUGGCGGCGGAUGCGAAGGAGAAAGGCGCGCAUGGGCAUGGUGGGUUGAGGUUGGAGAUUGCGGAUGUGGCGGGUGUGCCGCUGGAGAAGGGCAUGAUUGGCGGUAAUGCUGGGUUUGCUGCGAACCCGAACGCGGCGGGUGGGGUGAUGAAGGGUGUGAACCCGUCAAUGCUAUCGCUUGCGUCUUCCGUUGUAUCCAAGUCGAGCGCAGGUGCAGGCAAAGCGAUCCAGUUCCCUUCGCGAGACGGCGCGCAGUCGCCUUACCACUUCUUCCCGCCCCCCGCGUCUGGAACUGGCACCUCGGCCUCAACGACAACGACUGGGGGCGAUGCGACGAAGAGCAAGCGCCGCUCGAUCCCUGUGCUCUCGCUGCCCAAUUUCUCGCCGUCGAUCGCCCCGCUCCUCCCGAACUUGUCGUCGUCGAACGCGUCGUCGCCUGCGGGGUCGCCGUCGCCGCAUAGUGCGGGGUCGUUUAGCAGCGGGAGCGGGAAUGGGAAUGGGAAUGGUGGUGGCUUUAUCACCGGAGCGGUAGGACAGGAGAAGCAGGAGAAAAGCCUGUUGAGGUCGAAGAAGCCCUCGUUGCGGUUGUUGUUCUCGAAGCGCUCUGCGUCGUCGUUGACGGGUAAUCGCGAUAGGGAUAGGGAGAAGGAGAAGGAGAGGAUAUCGGGCCCGAUUAUGGUUGUGCAGAGCUCGAACUCGACCUCGAGCUUGAAUUUGAGCGCGGGUCCGAAUCAGAGUCAGCAGAUGCUUGCGCUGCAGCAGCUGCAGCACCAGAUCCAGAGCCAGCAUCAAAGUCAAAGCCAGAGUCUUGGUCUGGGUCAGAAUCAGGGUCAAGGUCAGACCCCGCAGCCACGCACGCCGCGCUCAGCGAGCGACUCGUCGGUGUCGACGCCGUUGUCGGCUGUCACGGCGCCGCAGUCGCGGUCGAGUUUGAUGAGUGGAGGCCAUGAGAGUUCGGGUGGUAGUAGUACCAGUACCGGCGGGAGUGGGAGUGGUACGGGGACGAUGAUGUUCCCGCCUGUGCUGGAUACGCCUAUUGAGGGCGGCGCGUUGGGGCUGGAUUAUGGAUUUGGGGGGUUGAAAGAGGAGGAGGAGAGUGAGAAUGAGAGUCUGAGCUUGAGCGCGAAUAAGAAUACGACGCAGAGCGCGCUGCAGCCUCCACAGCCGCAGCCGCAGAUUGAAUCUCCUCUUCUUACGACGGCGACAAGAAGGGCGGUCAUCGGCCGUGGCACGAUGAAGACUGCUCAGCAGAAGAGCGCCGCCGCCGCCUCCGCCUCCGCUGGUAGUUCUAGCAAUGCACCAUCACCAUCUGCGACCCCGCUCUACCAACUUGGCCUACAAGCCUCCACUAGCUCGUCGAAUCUGUCUGUGACGUCCACUGCGUCGUCGCAUCAUCUAAGCUUGUUUGAGGACGAGGAGGAUGAUAUGGAGGAUUGGACGCAGAGCGUGUUGUUGGCUGCUGCUGAUGUGGAUGCGAAUUGGGACUUUAGCAAGUCGUCGACGUUGGCGUAA